GCGCACAAGGGCCGCUGCGCGCUGACUGGGAGCCAGCCCUUAGCCGGACCUGCUGAGGUGCUGAGGUGGCCGCGAGACAGGCAGGUGAAGCCUGAGGGGUCCCAUGACAGUCAGAGAUGCCAAUGAUGACCAUCUAUGCCUAGAUCCAUGAAGACCUGCCAUCGUCCACAGCACACGAUGUCAGGAAACCACAUGCCGUCUGCCAGUGGCCCUUUCUCUGCCCUGACUCCAAGCAUAUGGCCCCAGGAGAUCCUGGCAAAAUACUCACAGAAGGAAGAAUCCUCAGAGCAGCCAGAGUUCUGCUAUGAUGAGUUUGGUUUCCGUGUGGACAAGGAAGGUUCUGAGCCUGGAUGCAGUCAGAUGACAGGUGCACCCCUGAUAGAGGACCCCCCACAGAGGCUACGCUGGCAGGCUCACCUGGAGUUUACCCACAACCAUGAUGUUGGGGAUCUCACUUGGGACAAGAUUGCAGUCUCCCUCCCCCGUUCUGAGAAACUCCGUUCCCUUGUGCUGGCUGGCAUCCCACACGGCAUGAGGCCACAGUUGUGGAUGCGGCUGUCUGGGGCACUGCAGAAGAAGAGAAACUCUGAGUUGUCCUACCGUGAGAUUGUGAAGAACAGCUCCAACGAUGAGACCAUUGCUGCCAAACAGAUCGAAAAGGACCUGCUCCGUACCAUGCCCAGCAACGCCUGCUUCGCCAAUGUGAACAGCAUCGGGGUUCCCCGCCUGCGCAGAGUCCUCCGAGCACUGGCCUGGCUCUACCCAGAGAUUGGCUACUGCCAGGGCACAGGCAUGGUGGCUGCCUGUCUCCUGCUAUUUCUGGAGGAGGAGGAUGCCUUCUGGAUGAUGUGUGCCAUUAUUGAGGACCUGCUGCCUGCCUCCUACUUCAACACUACCCUGCUGGGUGUCCAGACUGACCAGCGUGUCCUGCGCCACCUGAUUGUCCAGUACCUGCCUCGCUUAGACAAGCUGUUGCAGGAGCAUGACAUUGAGCUGUCUCUGAUCACACUGCACUGGUUCCUCACGGCCUUCGCCAGCGUGGUGCACAUCAGACUGCUGCUGAGAAUCUGGGACCUGUUCUUCUACGAGGGCUCCCUGGUGUUGUUCCAGACGACGCUGGGCAUGCUGCGCCUUAAGGAGGAAGAGCUGAUACAGUCAGAGAACUCGGCUUCCAUCUUCAACACGCUGUCAGACAUCCCAGCACAGAUGGAUGAUGCAGAGCUGCUGCUGGGGGAGGCCAUGCGGCUGGCUGGCUCCCUCACUGAUGUGGCUGUGGAGACCCAGCGCCGCAAACAUCUGGCCUACCUUAUUGCAGACCAAGGCCAGACACUGGGGACGAGCACUACCACCAACCUCUCUCAGGUCGUCCGGCGCAGGACCCAGCGGAGAAAGUCCGGCAUCACCUCCCUGCUCUUUGGAGAGGAUGACCUAGAAGCUCUCAAGGCAAAGAACAUCAAGCAAACAGAGCUGGUAGCUGACCUUCGUGAAGCUAUUUUGCGUGUGGCACGCCACUUCCAGUGCACAGACCCCAAGAACUGUAGUGUGGAGCUGACCCCAGACUAUAGCAUGGAGAGCCACCAGCGGGACCAUGAGAAUUAUGUGGCAUGCUUACGCAGCCACCGACGCCGGGCCAAGGCCCUGCUGGACUUUGAGCGGCAUGACGAUGAUGAGCUAGGCUUCCGCAAAAAUGACAUCAUCACGAUCAUUUCUCAGAAGGAUGAGCACUGCUGGGUGGGUGAGCUGAAUGGGCUGAGAGGCUGGUUUCCAGCCAAGUUUGUGGAGGUCCUGGAUGAGCGAAGCAAAGAGUACUCCAUUGCGGGGGAUGACUCUGUGACAGAAGGAGUAACAGACCUUGUGCGAGGGACCCUCUGCCCAGCCCUCAAGGCCCUGUUUGAACAUGGACUGAAGAAGCCAUCAUUGCUUGGAGGGGCUUGCCACCCCUGGCUGUUUAUCGAGGAGGCGGCGGGCCGGGAAGUCGAGAGAGACUUUGAUUCUGUGUACUCCCGCCUGGUGCUCUGUAAGACAUACAGGUUGGAUGAAGAUGGCAAAGUCCUGACCCCUGAAGAGUUGCUGUACCGGGCUGUGCAGUCUGUGAAUGUGACCCAUGAUGCAGCACAUGCACAAAUGGACGUCAAGCUCCGCUCACUUAUCUGCGUGGGGCUCAAUGAACAGGUCCUUCACCUAUGGCUAGAGGUUCUCUGCUCCAGCUUGCCCACUGUGGAGAAGUGGUACCAGCCCUGGUCCUUCCUGCGCAGCCCUGGCUGGGUCCAGAUCAAGUGUGAGCUCCGCGUCCUCUGCUGCUUUGCCUUCAGCCUCUCCCAGGACUGGGAGCUCCCUGUUAAGAGAGAGGGUGGUUCCUGCCCGUGACUGGGGCUGUUCUGUGCACAGGAGGAGAAGCAGCCACUGAAGGAGGGUGUUCAGGACAUGCUGGUGAAGCACCAUCUUUUCAGCUGGGACAUAGAUGGAUGAUGCUCCUUCUAGCUGCACUGUGGCUCCCAGACCUACCCAUCAUAGACUGCCUGGCAGGCUCCUCCCUUCAAUAGAAAGAAGGCAGAGCCCUGGCCAGCCUCAGGCCUCCUUCCUCAACUCAAGCUAGGCGGUUCAGGGAAAGACACACUCCAGAGAUUACUCAGGACCCAUGAUCAAUGUCUGGGCCUUUCCAGUUCAGGCUCCCACAGUUGGCAAAAGCUGCUUUCCUUAACAUGGUCCUGGGGAGUGUCCUGCCAGAGUCCUUAAGGAAGCCCAGGGUGCCAGCCAUAUGGUAUACUAACCAAAAACCUUGUGAAGAAGCAGAGAGAGCCACACCUAUGCUGGUCUCUGCUCGGGCAGUGGGUAGGCUAAUGGCAGAUAGCGGCCUCUUGACCUUUAUUGUAAAUAAACCUUUUGUGAGAGCAAGCCUCCCAUCUUUUGUUGAGCCAAGCCGUCUGUUCCACAAAGGCUAUUCCACCUGAAAUGGUCUGACUCCUGGGCCCUUGCAGAAUGUUUAUUUCAAGUACGCCUGAUGUAAUUAGGGCCACUAUGUGGCCUCUAGAUGCCAGCAUGGACUGGACCCCAGCCACACUUCUCAACCCUGAUGGAUCAAAUACAACAGACUGGCAAGUCA